GCCUGUCACCAAACCGCCGCAGCGUAUAUACCACCCUCGUCGCCAGAAAUCCUCUCCAAAGUUCACCACUCCCCCCAUCCGGCCGGCGCCAUCGACCCGGGCGCACCGCACGAGAGGCCGACCACCGAACCCUAGCUCCCCGACCGUCGUCCCGCCGCGAGCUCGCGGGAUCGCCCACCGCCGCGCUGCCCCACUCUCCGUCAUUCACCGCCUGGAUCCGAGAUGGAAUCACUGCCAAUCACAGCUGAAGCUAUUGCUUUUACUGAGAAAAAGAUGGACAUGACUUUGGAGGAUAUUAUCAAGAUGUCAAAGAAAAAUAAUCCUGGAGGCAAGAAACCCCCUAGACAGCCGAUCAAGAAACAUCCAUUCCAGAAUGGCAACUCUAAUCAAGGGAAUGCCAGGGUUCAACGGUUUAUAGAAUCUAGAUCAUCCAUAAGACAAGGGGUUCUUGCACAAAGGAGGUCAAAUCUUGGUGGAAAUCAGUUCCCCGCUACAAAGCAGGCUGCAAAGAAGGCUGCUGCUAUGCCAAUGCACAACAACAGGGCUGUCAGAUGGAACAAGCCAAGUGCGAGUACCUUAGUGCAGAGGAGGCCUGUUGGUGAUGCUUUUCAGAAUGGCAAGGGCAAGGAGGUGCAGAAGCAGGCACCGAGGACAAUGGAUGCGCUCUUUGCGCAAAUGAAGGUGCAGAGGAUGAGGACCAUGCCACAGCAGCAGGCAAAUCCUGCCCCAGGCCGUCAGUUUAACCAGCAGCGACGUGUUCAGCAGCAGCAGCCUCCUCGGCGAGGCAGAGGAUAUGGCGGCCGUAAUGUUGGUAACCAAUGAAUUCAACUACAGUUGUGUGCCGCAUCAAAGCCCUUCAUCUUCGUUGGCUUCUUGGAAGGCAGAAGACCCCUGGAAUGCUAACUUGGCUGCGCUUGUUUCUCAUAUUUUUGUUAUAGAAGCUUGUGGACAGAAUAUUUACUGGAGUUAUAUGCGGUUCUCUAGUUGCCUGCUUCUGUUUCAGCAUGUAAUGACCGAAGGAAUGUAUGGAAAUUAUUUUGAUGCUAGGUUAUGCUAUCUUAUAUUUUUUGUAUUCAA